CUCUCCCACCGUGAAGCCCAGUGCGAAAACAAAUGUUUUUAAUUUUUGCAAAUGUCUUAAAAAAAUGUCAAAAGUCACAUGUACAUAUAGUCACGGUCAAAAGUUUACAUACACUUGUAAAGAACAUUAUGUCGGUAGGUUGGGAGUUCAAACCCCGGCCGAGUCAUAGCAAAGACUAUAAAAAUGGGACCCAUUACCUCCCUGCUUGACACUCAGCAUCAAGGGAUGGAAUGGGGGGUUAAAUCACCACAAAUGAUUCCCGGGCGUGGCACUGCUGCUGCUCACUGCUCCCCUCACCUCCCAGGGGGUGAACAAGGGGAUGGGUCGAAUGCAGAGGACACAUUUCGCCACACCUAGUGUGUGUGUGUGACAAUCAUUGGUACUUUAAAGGCCUACUGAAACCCACUACUACCGACCACGCAGUCUGAUAGUUUAUAUAUCAAUGAUGAAAUAUUAACAUUGCAACACAUGCCAAUACGGCUUUUUUAGUUUACUAAAUUACAAUUUUAAAUUUCCCGGGAGUUUCGUCUUGAAAACGUCGUGUAAUGAUGACGUGUACGCAAGACAUCACGCGUUUUUAGGAAGUAUGAGCGCUGCGCACAACACACAGCUAAAAGUCGUCUGCUUUAACGGCAUAAUUACACAGUAUUUUGGACAUCUGUGUUGCUGAAUCUUUUGCAAUUUGUUCAAUUAAUAUUAGAGAAGUCACAGUAGAAAGAUGGAGUUGGGAAGCUUUAGCCUUUAGCCACACAAACACACGGUGAUUCCUUGUUUAAAAUUCCCGGAGGUGAAAAUUUACUAUGGAUCAGAGCGCGGUCAAGAGAACAUGGAUACCGACCGAAUGUCAACCAGCAGGUUUCGGUGAGAAAAUUGUGGUUAAAAAGUCGCUUCUUACCGGAGAAAAGCUGAGCUUGGGCCGUCCAUGAAGCUGCCGUCGACUUCCCUGAGACAUUGGCGUCAACACACCGGUAGAGACACCCUUCCGACUAUCAGAGAGGAGGGCCAGGAGGAGCGUCCAGAGCGAGAACAGUCCCACAGCAAGACCAAAAAGGCUCGCAAGGAACGCCGCCAUGUUGAGCAGGCUCCUCCUUCCCAGGAGCCCCACGCCUCACCAUCAGAGCCCGUGGCGGGGCCCUCGCAGGGGGCGGGGACGCAGCCCGAGGCGGAGCCCGCAGGGUCUCCCAGGCAACGGCGAUCCAUCAUCCGAGACCGCGGACCGCUGUACAACGACCCCUCGCUGCCCGCAGGCUGGACCCGUAAGCUCAAGCAGAGGAAGUCCGGACGCUCGGCGGGGAAGUUUGACGUCUACCUGAUCAACUCGGAGGGAAAGGCUUUCCGCUCCAAGGUGGAGCUCAUGGCGUACUUCCAGAAGGUCGGCGACACCACCACCGACCCCAACGACUUCGACUUCACCGUGACCGGACGCGGAAGCCCGUCCCGCCGCGAGAAGAAGCCCUCCAAGGUGCCAAAGGCGGCCAAACCUACAGGCCGGGGCCGCGGCAGGCCGAAAGGCAGCGGGAAGAUGCGGCAGGCCACAGAGGGCGUGGCCAUGAAGCGCGUGGUGGAGAAGUCUCCGGGGAAACUCUUGGUCAAGAUGCCCUACGGCAAGGCGGAGUCCAGCAGCGGGACCACGCCCACAACGUCAAAGGUGUCUCCUCCUACGCUGCCGUCAAUCAAGUCCCGCCCGGGCAGGAAGAGGAAGUCAGACCAGGAUCUCCCCGCCUCUCCGCAGACGGCGCCCAAGAAACGAGGCAGGAAACCAGCCUCUGCUUCAGCGGCGUCGGCGGUGGCCGUGGCGUCUUCCUCAGCAGCGUUCACCUCGUCGACGCCGACGACGGGGGGCUACGCCGCCGCCGCCCUCAUGGCCGCCGAGGCCAAGCGCAGAGCCACCAAGGAGUCCGUCGUCCAGGAAACGGCUCUCCCCAUCAAAAAACGCAAAGCGAGGGAGACCGUGGAGGAGCGGGAGAGCGUUCCGACCCCGGCGGCGAGCACCUCGGAGGGCGUUCCCAGGGAAGCCACGCAGACCUCCCACCCUUCCUCCUCGUCCUCUUCGGAGCAGAGCCAGUCUCAAACCCCGAAGCAGACCUCCGCGUCCCAGGAAAGUUCCCCGCACGGACACAAGGCGCACAAAGAGAGGAAGCACAAGGAGAAGAGCGCGGCGGCAGGAAGUGGCGAGGAGGAAGGGAGCGAGGACGCCGGAGAAAAGGGAGGAGGAGAAGGAAGGAGUCCCUCCAAAAGCCAAAAGCGGAAGGAGCACUCGCCUCAGAAACACCAUCAUCACCAUCACCACCGCCAUCAUCACCAUCAUCACCAUCAUCGCCACCCACAGACCUCGUCCGAGGAUCACCCUCAUCCCACAUCUGGACACUCCGACCAAUCCAGACCGAAAACCGACACGCAGCAAGCCCCCAAGCCGCCUUCACAAUAUCACCCGCCACCCCCAGCCCCGCCGUGUCCCCUCCAAACCCAGCAGUCUCCAGGUCAUUCCCGGCCCCAAGUCUUGCCGACUCAGCCGCACCCUCAGAAACCGCCGCCUUCGGUUCAGCACAGACCUCAGCACGGCCCCCCGCCGUCACACCUUCCAAAGCCCCACCCGGCCGUCUUGCAGGCCGGGAAUCUACGGCCGCAAACCGCCGUAACGCUCCCGCCUCAACCGGGACCCCGCUUUCAGACUCAGACCAGUGCCGCCACCGCAGCCCAAGCCCACUUCCAGCAGCAGUCCGUGUACAGGCCCCCCCCACAGACCACGAUGAGACCUCCUUCGCAAUACCAACUCCACUACCAGUCCAGGCCCCCGCAGGUCCGACCACACUUUCAGCAGCCCCCCAGGCCACACCCGCCGCAGCGACCGUCCCUCAGCGCGGCCGGUAGACCCCACCCGGCGAUGCAGGGCGAGCAGCCUCAAGACCUAAGCACUGCGGCCCUCGCUCGCAGGGCGGAAGGGGGCCCCAGGACGGAGAGAAGAGCCGAACCAGGACUGGUCUCCGGGGGCUCAAACAGCACCGGCAGGCCUCCCAGCUCCGUGCGGGCCGACCCCCCUGGAGGAGACAUUGUCUCCCAAUCUGCCGUUCCCUGUCCGAGCCGGGAGGAGACGGUGGAUUCUCGGACUGCCGUCAGCGAAAGGGUCAGCUGAUGGACCGGUCUCUGGGGACAUGUCCACCAUCUUUGUGCACUGUUGUUCCGCGGAACGACCUUUUCUUCUCAGCUCCAAACUCGCACUGACAGACGACGCGGGAGAAGGACGGAUGGCGUUUUUUUUUUUUAGAAAAAAAACAAAAGGAAAACUUGAGUGAAAGUGUGUGUGUGUGUGUGUGUGUACAGAAUCUAAAGGCAGCUGUCGCGUCCCGCCAGUCUUGGCAGGGGAAGAGGAAGCCGUUCGGAACUACAAACAAACGCCCAAUUAGUCCGAAUGAAGCGUCAUUUCCGGAAUAUAACUUUUGAUUUGUCUAUUUUGUCCGUUUUAUCGUUUCUUCUUCACAGCUUUAAAAGUUCACGUCAUCGAGCGACGCCCCCUUGCACGUCUGACGCUCCCCUUGCCCCACAUCGGCGCCUUCCAGAAACUAAACCCGGAAGAGCGGGGUGCGCUUCAUUCGCACUUCCUGGUAGUUUCAUGUGUUUUUUUUCCACAGCUUCCCCCCCCCCCCCAUAUGGACGCCCGACAUGACGUCCGAGCGUUAUUUCAAAGACAAGCCGACAUGUUCCGGAGUCUUCCGGGCUGACUCCCACGUGAUGUGAGUCCUUCUUCCAUAUUGGUUAUGUUUUUUUCUUUUGUUAUUAUUAUUAUUAUUAUUAUUAUCGACCUAGCGUAGCGUCUUCUUCUUGACCUCGGUUCCAAUGGGCUUGUCGUUACCGUGACAAUCGUCUUUUGUCUUGAAUGUUCCGGGACGGAACCUAUUUGGACGACGGGCAGACUGAGGUUCGUCGUAGCGCGACUUUAGGACCAGCGUCAAGAAGUUUUUCACCGGUUUUCGUCUUCCAGGCUUUGUAGCGAGGGUUUGGCUUGUGAUUGGUCAGAACACGAGUCACCAAUUUCGCUUUCGUUUCGAUCACACGACCACAAAACCCAAAAGCAGUGAAGUUGGCCCGUUGUGUAAAUGGUAAAUAAUAACAGAAUACAAUGAUUUGCAAAUCCUUUUCACCUUUUUUCAAUUGAAUAGACUGCAAAGACAAGAUAUUUAUUGUCACCGACGUCCCACUGGGUGUGAGCUUUCCUUUCCCUUAUGUGGGCCUACCGAGGAUGUCGUAAUGGUUUGUGUUGUGGUUUGUGCAGCCCUUUGAGACACUAGUGAUUAAGGGCUAUAUAAGUAAACAUUGAUUGAUUGAUUGAUUGAUUUAAUGUUCACACUUUUUGCAAAUAAUCAUGAACUUAGAAUUCAAUGGCAGCAACACAGUUCAAAAAACUUGUCAUAAGGGCAUUUUUACCAGUGUGUUACAUGGCCUUUCCUUUUAACAACACUCUGUAAACGUUUGGGAACUGAGAAAACACAUUUUUGAAGUGGAAUUAUUUCCCAUUCUUGCUUGAUGUACAGCUUAAGUUGUUCAACAGUCUCCCUUCUGCUAUUUUAGGCUUCAUAUUUUCAAUGGGAGACAGAUCUGGGACUACAGGCAGGCCAGUCUAGUACUUGCAUUAUUUAACUAUGAAGCCACGCCGUUGUAACGCGAGGCUUGGCAUUGUCUUGCUGAAAUAAGCAGGGGCGUCCAUGACAACGUUGCUUGGAUGGCGACAUACAGUCGUGCUCAUGAGGUGACAUACCCUGGGAGAAUUUAUGAUUUCUUGGCCAUUUUUCAGAGAAUAUGAAUGAUAACACAAAAAACUUUCUUCCUCUCAUGCUUAAAGGUUGUGUGAAGCUAUAUAUUGGCAAACAACUGUUUACUUUUUAAAAAAAAAUCAAAAUGACAAAAGAAAGAACCUAAAUGACCCUGAUCAUGUCCGCCAUCUUACUUUGAUGUCUGUUUAUUCGGUACGGCGACUCAAACGUCGAUAUUGUCGAUACCGCUGUUGGGGGGAUCGAUAUUUUAUUUUAAGUUUAUUUUUCUUCUCACAACUAGCUGUUGUUAGUCGUGUUUAUUCAAACGUUGUUAUGUAAUAAAAGGGAGUAAGCGAAUAUUUUUUCAUAUCAUUUAUUAAAAACUGUUUUUAGUCCGGCCAAACUACUUCAUUCUGAUUAUAGGUAUGAUUAAAGAACUAAAGGGAAAAAAAUCAGGAAAUCAUUCAAUGCUCUGUUUAAAUGGCUAUGGUGUAAUUUUAUUUUGAAAAUCCACAUACUGUAUCUCCUGGAAUUGCGCUAAUUAAUUUAAAACCUCUUCUCACGCCUGCACUUACCAAAGGCAUGCGGUAAAAAUAAGCAUGCGCUAAUUAUUUUAAAACCUCUUCUCAUUUUGGCACUUACCAAAGGUAUGCAGUAAAAAUUUGAGUGUGAUGUAAGCUUGGACCUUAAAUCCUACUGAAUAGCUCUUAAUCUCCUUCCCUUAAUGCGAUUUCAAAUUACCGGUAUUGAAAUCAACCUCCUCCAUUUUGAAAAUGAUGACAGGGGAAGUGUCACGAGUUUGACCAGGCGGUAACACUAAGCAUGUGCUAAUUAUUUUGCGAAGCGAGUUUGACCAGGCAGUAAUUUAAGGCAGGCACAUACUAUAUGCCCUGCGGCAAAACAAGGAAAUACAGUAUGAGGUCCCCUCCAAGGUUUCUCAUAGUCAUCAUCAUCGACGUCCAACUGGGGUGAGUUUUUCCUUGCCCUUAUGUGGGCUCAACCGAGGAUGUCUUUGUGGUUUGUGCAGCCCUUCGAGACACUUGUGAUUUAGGGCUAUAUAAAUAAACAUUGAUUGAUUGAUUGAUUGAUUGAUCAAAAGUUUACAUACCCCAGUGACUUUGAUCCGAUAACAUGAACAAAAGUUGACACUAACAGGUUUGAAUGGCUAAUCCAGGUUCGUAUCCUCACCUGUGACAUGUUUGUUUGUAAUUAAUGUGUGUGUAUAAUAGGUCAGUAAGUUUCUGGGCUUCUGACCCAGAUGUUUCUGGAUUCUGAGUCUUGGGGAAGGCAAAAGAAUUGUCAAAGGGUCUGCGAGAAAAGGUAAUAGAACCACAUAAAACAGGAAAGGGGUAUAAAAAGAUAUCCAAGGAAUUGAGAAUGCCAAUCAGCAGUGUUUAAACGUUGAUUAAGACGUAGUAAAUUAGGGAUUCAGGUAGACCAGCAAAGAUUUCAGCCACAACUGCCAGGAAAUUUGUUAGAGAUGGAGAGAAAAAUCCACAAAUAACUUCAGUUGAAAUACGGGACUCUGAAAAAUUGUGGUGUGGCUGUUUCAAGAUGCACAAUAAGGAGGCACUUGAAGAAAAAUGGGCUGCAUGGUCGAAUCGCCAGAAAAAAACAAUUUCUGCGCGAAUGUCACAAAGUAUCCCGCUUCCAUUACGCCAAACAGCACAGAGACGUGAGUGAUGACUUAAUCAUAUAUUUAUCAUUCAUAUUCUCCGAAGAAUGGCCAAGAAAUCAUAAAUUCUCCCAGGGUAUGUCAACUUAUGAGCACAACUGUAUGUUGCUCCAAAACCUGUAAGUACUUUUCAGCAUUAAUGGUGCCUUCACAGAUGUGUAAGUUACCCAUGCUUUGGGCACUAAUGCACCCCCAUACCGUCACAGAUGCUGGCUUUUGAACUUUUCUCCUAGAACAAUCUGGAUGUUUCUUUUCCCCUUUGUUCCGGAGGACACGACGUCUAUAGUUUCCCAAAACAAUUUGAAAUGUGGACUCGUCAGACCACGGAACACUUUUCCACUUUGCAUCAGUCUAUUUUAGAAGAGUUUAGGCCCAGCGAAGCGUUUCUGGGUGUUUUUGAUAAAUGGCUUCGGCUUUUCAUAGUAGUGCUUUAACUUGCACUUACAGAUGUAGCGACGAACUGUAUUUAGUCACAGUGGUUUUCUGAAGUGUUCCUGAGCCCAUGUGGUGAUAUCCUUCAGAGAUUGAUGUCGGUUUUUGAUACAGUGCCUUCUGAGGGAUCGAAGGUCACGGUCAUUCAAUGUUGGUUUCCGGCCAUGCCGCUUACGUGGAGUGAUUUCACCAGAUUCUCUGAAGCUUUUGAUUAUAUUAUGGAUCGUAGACGUUGAAAUCCCUAAAUUCCUUGCAAUUGUACUUGGAGAAACGUUGUUCUUAAACUGUUUGACUAUUUGCUUACACGACGUCUACAGUUUCCAAAAACAAUUUGAAAUGUUGACUCGUCAGACCACGGAACACUUUUCCACUUUGCAUCAGUCUAUUUUAGAAGAGUUUAGGCCCAGCGAAGCGUUUCUGGGUGUUGUUGAUAAAUGGCUUCGGCUUUGCAUAGUAGAGUUUCACCUUGCACUUACAAGUGGGGCGGUAUAGCUCGGUUGGUAGAGCGGCCGUGCUAGCAACUUGAGGGUUGCAGGUUUGAUCCCCGCUUCCACCAUCCUAGUCAAUGCCGUUGUGUCCUUGGGCAGGACACUUUACCCACCUGCUCCCAGUGCCCCCCACACUGGUUGAAAUGUAACUUAGAUAUUGGGUUUCACUAUGUAAAGCGCUUUGAGUCACCCCCUACCAUCACAGAUGCCGGCUUUUCAACUUUGCUCCUUGAAAAAUCUGGAUGUUUCUUUUCCCCUAUGUUCCGGAGGACACAACGUCCACAGUUUCAAAAAACAAUUUGAAAUGUGGACUCGUCAGACCACGGAAUACUUUUCCACUUUGCAUCAGUCUAUUUUAGAAGAGCUUGGGCCCAGCGAAGCGUUUCUGGGUGUUGUUGAUAAAUGGCUUCGUCUUUGCAUAGUAGAGUUUUACCUUGCACUUACAAGUGGGGCGGUAUAGCUCGGUUGGUUGCAGGUUUGAUCCCCGCUUCCACCAUCCUAGUCAAUGCCGUUGUGUCCUUGGGCAAGACACUUUACCCACCUGCUCCCAGUGCCACCCACACUGGUUGAAAUGUAACCUAAAUAUUGGGUUUCACUAUGUAAAGCGCUUUGAGUCACUUGAGGAAAAAGCGCUAUAUGAAUAUAAUUUCAAUUUCAAAUGUGGUGACCAACUGUAGUUACUGACAGUGGUUUUCUGAAGUGUUACGGAGCCCAUGUGGUGAUAUCCUUUACACACUGAUGUCAUUUUUUGGAUGCAGUACCGCCUAAGGGAUCCAAGAUCACGAGUAUAGCCGCUUACGUGCAGUGAUUUCUCCAGAUUCUCUGAACCUUUUGAUGAUAAUACGGAGCAUAGAUGGUGAAAUCCCUAAAUUCCUUCCAAUAGCUUGUUGCUCAGGCCUUUGUUGACAAAGUGGUGACCCUCGCCCCGUCCUUGUUUAUGAACGACUGAGCAUUUCACAGAAGCUGCCUUUAUACCCAAUCACGGCACCCACCUGUUCCCAAUUAGCCCGUUUGAUGAGCAUUCUUUAACUUCCUCAGUCUUUUUUGCCACUUGUGCCAGCUUUUUUGAAACCUGUCGCAGGCAUGAAAUUCCAAAUGAGCUAAUAUUUGCAAAAAAUUACAAUGUUUCUCAGUUUGAACGUUAAAUAUCUUGUCUUUGCAGUCUAUUUAGUUGAAUAUAAGUUGAAAAUAAUUUGCAAAUCAUUGUAUUCUGUUUUUAUUUACCAUUUGACAACUUUGGGUUUUGUACAUUAUUCUUUCAAUUCUGCAUUAGGUCGAGCCGCUACACUCCGGUCGCGGUUUUAUUCCACAUGUGAAUUGGAACGGGAGGAUACGCCGUUGUGGUCUACCACCAAGCAACGUGUGACCAUUUAUAGACGAAGCGUUGACAAACUGAAUUAAACCACGUUUUUGUCCGCGGUUGUUCCCGGAUUUCCCUCCCGGCUUUGUUUGCCCGAUGGACCCGGAAGUACACUGUAAGAAAAAUCUGUCAUUUUUUUUUUUACAGUCGACAGAAUUUGACUGAAAUGCACUGCAAAAAAAAAAAAAAAACUCAAGUCGCCAGAAUUUUACUGUAAAAAUAUGAGUGCUGCUAUUUUUUCAUCGACAUCAGGGUUGUCCAAAAUUUUUCCACACUGAAAAUUGAAAGCAUUCAUGGGCCGAUUUGGUACUUUUCAUUUUCCAACCAAUUAAGUUUUGGUGAGCGUUAAUAGUCCUAUGGACCCAGAAAGGGUUUCAGUCUAAUAAUUCUUGUAUUAAUAUUAUUUUUUACUUUCGAUUCUUAAAAUACCUAUAGAUCAGGGGUCGGCAACCUAAAAUGUUGAAAGAGCCAUAUUGGACCAAAAGUACAAAAACAAACAUGUCUGGAGCCGCAAAAAAAUAAAAGCCAUAUUACAUGCAGAUAGUGUCAUGAGAUAUGAAUUGAAUUAAGAGGACUUAAAGCAGGGGUGUCAAACUCAAAUACCGAGUGGGCCAAAAUUUAAAACUGAACAAAACCGCGGGCCAAGGUUGAACAAAUUAACCUUUUAAUAGGGAGCCAAACAAGUUUUUCAUUGAAUAUUGAACAAGCAAGGCUUAUAUAACUUUAUAGUGACAUGCAAAAUUGAGUUUCAAAUAAUAAUAACAAUAAAAAUUAAAAAAUAUCAAAAGGCAUAUCAAAUCAAAUUUAAAUACAAAUUGAAUGCCUCUUUUGUAUUUGCAGCCUUCUGAGGUAAAUAUUAACAUUCACUUUUUCCAGAGGCUAAUACAUUUGAAAAUAAAAUAACAAUGAAUAAAUCAGGCCUUUUUACUGCUCAGUCAAUAUCGGGGCUCAGGUGGGCGGGGUUUGUUGGUAGCUGGGGGGGGGGAGAGUUAGUGCUGCAAGGGGUUCUGGGUAUUUGUUCUGUUGUGUUUAUGUUGCGAAAUGUGUUGGUCAUUCUUGUUUGGUGUGGGUUCACAGUGUGGCGCAUAUUUGUAACAGUGUUAAAGUUGUUUAUAUGGCCACCCUCAGUGUGACCUGUAUGCUGUUGAUCAAGUAUGCCUUGCAUUUACUUACAUGUGUGUAGAAGCCACAUAUAUUACGUGACUGGGCCUGCACGCUGUUUCUGAAGAAGGAAACACAGACUUGACAGGUUGUAGGGGACGCUAAAGGCAGUACCUAAAGGCACACUCCCAAUAUUGUUGUCCGGGUGGAACUCGGGAGAAUGGUUGCACCGGGAGGGGCACUGAAAUUCGAGAGUCUCCCGGAAAUCGGUGAAUGCGGUGUUACAGCGGCGCCGCUGUAUAACACCGGCGGGCCAGCUCUAAUGUUAAUUUGAUAUUGCCUCAAGGGCCAAAUGAAAUUACACGGGGGCCAGAGUUUGACACCUAUGACUUAUAGGAAACCAAAUGAGCUCAAAUAUAGCUACAAAUGAGGCAUAAUGAUGCAAUAUGUACAUACAGUUGUGAUCAAAAUUAUUCAACCCCCACACAAUUUUGGUGUUUUAGCAAGUUGGACAUUUAUUCCGUAUUUUGUUUACAGUCAUAUCAAAUAAAGAUGUGUCAAAUAGACAAAUGCAACUUGAAUUGUAACACUUUAUUUUACAAAAUACCAAAAAAAUAGCAUUUUUCUUAAUAUCUCCUUGACAAAAUGAUUCAACCCCCUAGUUCAGGGGUCGGGAACCUUUUUGGCUGAGAGAGCCAAGAAGCCAAAUAUUUUAAAAUGUAUUUACGUAAGAGCCAUAUAAUAUAUUGUUAACACUGAACACAACUAAAAGUGUACAUUUUUAAUUAAGACCAACAUUUCUCGAGUAUAAUAGGUCUCUUAUUCUUUGUAAUAACGUUGUUAUUCUGAAGCUAACUUAGGAGGGGGCGUGGCCUGCGGGUCUGCAGCGAAGCGGGGUGUUGCCAGGACCGGCCUCAAAAUCAGCAACAGCUGUGUAAAUGGCCCACCCGGGCCUUGUUGAAGAACCCCCAAGAGGGCUAGCCCUACACUAACCAAUAAUUAAAAAAAAAGAUUUCUUACCUUUAAGGCAACUUCUUGAACAGGUGCAGUAGAAAAAGGAUGGAUGGAUUCAAAUGCAUGAGCAUUUUUAUAUUUUUAACAUUAUUUCUAACACUGUGAUUACAUGUGGAAUUAUUCAUUACUUAUUGUGUUAAGCAGUGUCAGCUCAGAUUUAUCCGAGAGCCAGAUGCAGUCAUCAAAAGAGCCAGAUCUGGCUCGCGAGCCAUAGGUUCCCUACCCCUGCACUAGUUACAUGCAUCUUUAGUACUUAGUAGAACACCCUUUGGCAGUAAUGACAUCCUUCAAAAGGUGAUACACAAGCUUCUUGCAACCAUCUACAGGUAUUUUAGCCCAUUCCUCUUGGGCAAAGGCCUCCAGUUCAUUCAUAUUCUUGGGCUUGCGUGCUGCAACUGCCUUCUUCAAGUCCCACCACAGCUUUUCUAUAGGAUUUAGGGGCCGGCAACUGUGAAGGCCACUCCAGAGUCUUCCAGCCCUUCUUCUGCAACCACUCUGAUGUUGAUUUGGAGGAAUGCUUGGGAUCGUUGUCCUGUUGGAAGGUCCAACGUCUCCCAAGCCUCAGCUUCGUCACUGACUUCAUGACAUUUGCAGCUAAUAUAUCCUGCUAGGAAAUGGAAUUCAUAAUGCCUUGAACGCGCUGGAGAUUCCCGGUACCUGAGGCAGAGAAACAGUCCCAGAGCAUGAUUGACCCCCCCACCAUGCUUAACAGUAGGCAAGGUGUUCUUCUCCUUUUUCUCCUCCAGACAUAACGUUGAUUUAUUGGCCCAAAGAGUUCCAGUUUUUCCUCAUCACUCCGUAGAACAGUUUCCCAAAACCUUUGGGGUUUGUCCAGAUGAUUUUUGGCAUACUGGAGUCUAUUUUUCCUGUGCCUGGUAGUCAGAAGUGGGGUGCGCCUGGGAGUUCUGGGAUGGAGGCCUUCAUCUCUUAUUGUUUGGGAAGAAACCUGCGUUCCCCCCUCUGCAAUGUCCUGUUGUAGUUCCUCAGCUGUUACCCGGGGUUUUUUUAACCACUGUACGCUUCAAAUACCGGACAGCAGUUGCACACAGCAUCCUCUUUCUACCACGCCCAGGUAGUGUUUCCACUGAGCCUUUAGCUUUAAACUUGCGAAUUAUGCUCCCAAUUGUGUCUCUUGGAAUGUGUAAUGUCUUUGCUAUUUUCUUAUAUCCAUAUGCUUUCUUAUGAAGAGAAAUUACCUCCUCUCUUGACUUCUUUGACCACUCCCUGGACUUCACCAUGUUGCAAAUACACCAUUCACCAUCUACAAAAAGCUGAGCGUCACAGUCUUUUUCAAUCAGUUUCAUUGUUGCUGGUUAUGGUUCUAAUCACAUCUACAGGUGUUUUCAACACCUGAUUGAAAAGACCUUAUUCAAAUUCUGUUCUUAAGAGUUAUGAUCUUCAAGGGGUUGAAUAAUUUUGUCAAUGAGAUAUUAAGAGAAAUGACACUGUUUGGUAUGUUACAAAAUAUAAUGUUGUAAUUCAAGUUGCAUUUGUCUAUUUAAUGCAUUUUUAUUUGAUAUGACUAUAAACAAAAUACGGAAUAAAUGUCCAACUUGCUAAAACACCAAAACUGUGUGGGGGUUGAAUAAUUUUGAUCACAACUGUAGCUAGCCUAAAUAGCGUGUUAGCAUCGAUUAGCUUGCAGUCAUGCAGUGACCAAUUAUGUCUGAUUAGCACUCCACACAACUCAAUAACACCAACAAAACUCACCUUUGUGCAUUCAUGCACGACGUUAAAAGUUUGGUGGACAAAAUGAGACGGAAAAAGAAGUGGCAUAAAACACGUCUUAGGAAGUCAGAGAAAGUUCUACAUGUAAACAAACUAUGGUGAGUUCAAGGACCGCCGAAAUUAGUAGGACAAAACGGCGCUCGCCAAAUACUCGAAUCACUGAAGCAUGUUUAAUACAAACAGUGUGCUUUAUAACAAUUAGGGAGGUUUGUGUCAUGUUUGUCCUCCUACAGAAACCAUUUUAAAACAAAAAAAAAAUAUGUUUUUACCCCUCAUCUUUUUCCAUUUUUCAUACAUUUUUGAAAAAGCUCCAGAGAGCCACUAGGGCGGCGCUAAAGAGCUGCCCUAGCCGACCCCUGCUAUAGAUCAACUUCAGAUUUAUCCUUCUAUUAUAAGGUUUAAAAAAAAAAAAAAAUGUUUUAUUCCCUUUUUGUCAACAAAAAGCUGGUUUUAUUAUUAUGGCAAACACACAAUAUGCACUAUUUUCCAGAAUUUUUUUAAAGCUUAGUAAUUGGAGCCUUAAAUAGGUCAGUAAUUCAUAACAACAUUGAUUUUAACUCCUUAUUACUCUUUGAUCAUCCAUCCAUUUUCUACCACUUUCCCUUUCGGGGUCGCGGGAGCUUAAUGACACUUAGAAGGUUCUUGCGACCCAGAAGAGUCUCGGUCAUUUAAGUGUGGAAAAACAAGUCAUAAGAUUUUUUUUUUUACUUUUAAAACUAUAAUAUCUUAAUAUCAACUUCUGAUCAAGCCAUUGACGUAAAGUUAGAUUUUUUUUUUUUUAAUGUUUUCUGCCCUUUUUUUCAACAGAAACCUGGUUUUAUUCUUUAUAGCAAACACAAUAUUCAAUAUUUCCCAGAAAAAAAUAUUUGAAGUAAUUGGAGCCUUAAAUAAGUCAAUAAUUCACAACAACAUUGAGUUGAACUCAUUAUUACUUUUUGACCAUCCAUUCAUUUUCUACCGCUUGUCCCUUUCGGGGUCGCCUAAUGACACCUAGAAAGGUCUUGGGACCCAGAAGAGUCUCGGUCAUUUAAGUGUGAAAACAAGUCAUAUAGUAGAAUAUUUAUAUAUCAACUUCAGAUCUAUCAAUGACGUAAAGUUUGAAAAAAAUUUUUAGGUUUUGUAACCCUGCCCCUCUUAUUUUUUAUGGCAAAAACACAACAUUUGCAAAAUGUUCAAAGUGGAUUAUUGAUGUGAAGUAAUUGGAAUACGUCAAUAAUUCAUGCCAACAUUGAUUUUAACUCAUCAUUUUUUAAGCAGUGGCACUUAAAAAGGUAUGUAGACCCAAAAAGGUCUCAGUCUUUAACCUAAUUUAAAUAGUUUGUGUAAUAAUAUUAUUUUUACUUAAACGCUUAAAUACCUAUAGAUCAACUUCAAAUUCAUCCAUCUUUUAUAUGUUGUUAUGUUUUAUUCCCUUUUUGUCAACAAAAAGCUGGUUUUAUUAUUUAUAUGUACAGUAUAUAUAUAUAUAUAUAUAAUUAUACAUAUAUAUAUAUAUAUUGAUGUGUGUGUGUAUAUAUUUAUAUAUGUUUAUAUAUGUGUGUGUGUGUGUGUAUAUAUGUAUGUUUAUAUAUGUGUUGGCCCUGCGAUGAGGUGGCGACUUGUCCAGGGUGUACACCGCCUUCCGCCCAAUUGUAGCUGAGAUAGGCGCCAGCGCCCCCCGCGACCCCAAAAAGGGAAUAAGCGGUAGAAAAUGGAUGGAUGGAUAUAUGUGUAUAUAUAUAUAUGUGUGUGUGUAUAUAUAUAUGUUUAUAUAUGUGUAUAUAUAUAUAUAUAUAUACAUAUAUAUCUGUACAUAUGUAUAUAUGUAUAUCUAUAUAUACGUGUAUAUAUAGAUAUACAUAUACAUAUAUAUGCAUAUACAUCAACAUACAAUAUAAAUAUACAAUAUAUAAAUACACAUAUGUAUAUAUAUGUAUAUAUCUAAUUAUAUAUAUAAUUAUAUAUAAAUGUAUAUGUAUAAUAUAGAUAUACAAUUAUACAUACACAUAUGUAUUAUAUAUAUAAUUAUAUAUAAAUGUAUAUAAUGUAUAUAUAUAUACACAUAUAUAUACGAUGAGGUGGCAACUUGUCCAGGGUGUACCCCGCCUUCCGCCCGAUUGUAGCUGAGAUAGGCGCCAGCGCCCCCCGCGACCCCAUAAAGGGAAUAAGCGGUAGAAAAUGGACGGAUGGAUAUACACAUAUAUACUAUAUUCUUGUUACAUUUCAGCCCGUUUGCUCUUUUAUUGAUGUUUUUUUUUUUUUUUUUGUAAUGGUGUUUUUUAAAUGUGCCGGAGGUCUUUCAAAAAAGUAUCUGCAUUCCACAAAUGGCCCCCGUGGCCACACUUUGGACACCCCUGAUCUACAGUAAUGCACUAAAAAGCAACAACUGUAGAUUUGACGGUAAACAAAACAACAACAAAAAAGCAGAACUUUACAGUACUGUUUUUCCAUUUACAGUAAGGCACUGAAAAAACAACCAAAGAUUAAAAAAAAAACUGGAUUUUACCAUUAAAAUACUGGUGUUAGCGUUUUUCCAUUCACGUUAAUUCUUAGUAAAAAUUUCAAGCAACGGAGCUGCCGUUUACUGUCAAAUCUACAGAUGAUUUUUUCCCCCAGCGUAGAACUGAAUGACGGGAAACAGUCGCACUCAAACGGAAGGCUGAAACAACUGCAAGGUUCCAUCGCGGCAUUCAAAGCUCGCCCGCCCACGCAAGCAGCCGCCAUUUUGCAUGUUCCAGAGUCUAGUGCCUAUAACCUCGUGCGUCUUGCCAGAAGCCACCAUGUCGGCCAGCGGCCAUGUUGUUUCUAGACCUUAGUCGUGAUGUGCGGUGACCUCAUUGCUGCUGAACAAUGAUAAUAAUAUUCUGCUUUCAACUCAAUACACUGUCACUGUAGACUCACUAGUUUUUACCUGGUUCUUAGUUCUCUUUCGUAUUAAAAAAAAAGCGUUUGUUGUC